GAGCUCGGAGACCAUUGGCUGGCAAGCUGGCUGCGCAGGGGCGGGGAGCGCCGCCGAAGGGGACUGUUUGCUCCUACGGGCUGUAGAUGGAGCUGUCCGGCCCCGGCGAGGGGGAAGGCGCCUGGAAAACGUUCUUCUUCUCCCUGGCCGGCCCGAGCGGGGAACAGCACUCCCAGGAUGCAGUUUGUGUCAACACGGCCGCAGCCUCAGCAGCUGGGCAUCCAGGGCCUGGGGCUGGACAGCGGGAGCUGGAGCUGGGCCCAGGCUCUGCCCCCGGAGGAGGUCUGCCACCAGGAGCCGGCGCUGCGCGGGGAAAUGGCCGAGGGAAUGCCGCCCAUGCAGGCUCAAGAGUGGGACAUGGAUGCUCGGCGACCGAUGCCUUUCCAGUUCCCGCCCUUCCCAGACAGGGCACCUGUCUUCCCUGACCGCAUGAUGAGAGAGCCCCAGCUGCCCACGGCAGAGAUCUCACUCUGGACCGUGGUGGCCGCCAUCCAGGCUGUGGAAAGGAAGGUGGAGGCCCAGGCCAGCCAGCUGCUAAAUCUGGAGGGGCGGACGGGGACGGCCGAGAAGAAGCUGGCCGACUGCGAGAAGACGGCCGUGGAGUUCGGCAACCACAUGGAGAGCAAGUGGGCCGUGCUGGGGACCCUGCUGCAGGAGUACGGGCUGCUGCAGAGGCGGCUGGAGAACAUGGAGAACCUGCUGAGGAACAGGAACUUCUGGGUCCUGAGGCUGCCCCCGGGCAGCAAGGGGGAGGUCCCCAAGGUUCCCGUGACGUUUGUCGACAUCGCUGUUUACUUCUCUGAGGAUGAGUGGAAGAACUUGGACGAAUGGCAGAAGGAGCUUUACAACAACCUUGUUAAGGAGAACUAUAAAACCCUGAUGUCCCUGGACACGGAGGGUGCAGUGCCCAAGCCAGAUGCUCCAUCCCAGGUGGAGCCCAGGGAAGAGCCUUGCGUGUGGGAGCAGCGUGACCCAGAAGAGAGAGAAAUCCUAAUGGAUCCAGACACAGGAGCAGAGCCCCUGGUGUCUGCACAGGAUUCAUCCUCGCAGGUCAAAAGGGAGGAAGCCCUAUGUGUCCGGGGUCAGCGGGGCCUGGAGGAAAGAGCCAUCCCCACGGAGUCCAUUACUGACUCCCCGGCCUCUGCCCAGGACCUCUUAUCCCGGAUUAAACAGGAGGAGCACCCAUGCGUAUGGGAUCAGCAGGAUCUGGCAGAAAGAGAUAUUCCAACGGACCCCAAUUCAGAGUCUCUGAUCUCAGCGCACGACAUUCUGUCAUGGAUCAAGCAGGAGGAACAGCCGUACCCAUGGGGCUCUCGCGACUCAAUGGAAGGAGAGCUCGGAUUAGAUUCUGGCCCCAGUGACGGCCUGCUGCUGGUGAAGAACCCGCCCCCCGGCCCGCAGCCGCCGCCGCCGCCGCCGGCUCCGCCCAGCCUGCCGGUGCUCCCGGCGGCCGAGAACGCGAACGCGGGCGGCGGCGGGGGCGGCGGCUGCGGCAGCUGCUGCCCGGGCGGCCUGCGGCGGAGCCUGCUCCUGCACGGCGCGCGCAGCAAGCCCUACUCGUGCCCCGAGUGCGGCAAGAGUUUCGGCGUGCGCAAGAGCCUCAUCAUCCACCACCGCAGCCAUACCAAGGAGCGGCCGUACGAGUGCGCCGAGUGCGAGAAGAGCUUCAACUGCCACUCGGGCCUCAUCCGCCACCAGAUGACGCACCGCGGCGAGCGGCCCUACAAGUGCUCCGAGUGCGAGAAGACCUACAGCCGCAAGGAGCACCUGCAGAACCACCAGCGGCUGCACACGGGCGAGCGGCCCUUCCAGUGCGCGCUCUGCGGCAAGAGCUUCAUCCGCAAGCAGAACCUGCUCAAGCACCAGCGCAUCCACACGGGCGAGCGGCCCUACACGUGCGGCGAGUGCGGCAAGAGCUUCCGCUACAAGGAGUCGCUCAAGGACCACCUGCGUGUGCACAGCGGCGGCCCCGGGCUCAGCGCCCCUCGGCCGCUCCAGGCGCCGCCCGAGCACGACUAGGG